CCUGCAGCUGUUUCCCUGUGGGUCCGGUUGGACUGACUUUUGACAGUCAGCCUUCAGCUGCGGUGGAGGGGGUGCUCGGCUGGGGGCAGCCGAGAAAGUUGCGCCGAGAGAGGCGGAGUUGAGCCGGGACGAGCCGGGCACUCGGAGCAGACGGCGGCGGGCGUCCCGGGUGGACGCGGCACCCAGACUCCCGGCGCGUCCCGGGGGUUCCGAUUUGAAGAACCAACUUCUCACCGUCCAUUGGAUUAUGCCUAAGGCCUUUCUACCCAAUGAUCCUCUUGCAACACGAAGGGCUUCCUCCACCUAAGCGGCCCUCAUCCUCUCCUCCUAUGUCAGUGGCUGCCAGGUCUACAGGAACGCAGCUUCCGCCACAGAAGGCUUUUGGGCAGGAGACUUCCUUGCCUCUGGCAGGGGAAGAAGAAUUACCUAAAGGAGGGGAGCAAGACUCUGCCCUGGAGGAGCUGUGUAAGCCCCUGUACUGCAAACUCUGCAAUGUCACCUUGAACUCAGCACAGCAAGCCCAGGCUCAUUAUCAGAAGUAAAAUUUAGGUAAACUUCUCAAUAAUCAGAAUUUUUACAUAGCACUAUCCUGUCCCCCUAAAAUCUUCCCUUCCAGGUGAAACAGUGCUAUGGAAUAAGCUCCACAUUUUUUUUUACCUUGUUUCUUGUGUCUUUGAUGUCAGAUGGGCUCCUUUAAGCCCGGAGGCCGAGUGAUCCUGGCCACGGAGAAUGACUACUGUAAGCUCUGCGACGCCUCCUUCAGCUCUCCGGCUGUGGCUCAGGCCCACUAUCAAGGGAAGAAUCAUGCCAAGAGGCUGCGGCUGGCAGAAGCUCAGAGUAACUCAUUCUCGGAGUCCUCAGAGGCUGGUCAAAGGCGGACCCGGAAAGAAGGGAAUGAGUAUAAGAUGAUGCCUAAUAGGAGAAAUAUGUAUACAGUACAGAAUAAUUCAGCAGGUCCUUACUUCAAUCCCCGCUCUCGGCAGAGAAUUCCACGUGAUCUGGCCAUGUGCGUUACUCCAAGUGGCCAGUUUUAUUGCUCAAUGUGUAAUGUUGGGGCUGGCGAAGAAGUGGAAUUCCGGCAGCAUUUAGAGAGCAAGCAACACAAAAGCAAGGUGUCUGAGCAGCGGUACAGGAAUGAGAUGGAGAAUCUGGGAUAUGUAUAGUGAUUGUCAUGUGCAGAUAGAGCAGCUUGUCCUGCCUGUUGUUUGCCUUCUGUACAAUGCCCUGCUUUGUGGUCCUUUGAUAUGAGUGCAUUCCUCUGCUUAAUGUUAAUACACGUGCCCUGCAGUGGUAUCAUGGGAUAUCAGAACGGGGGAAGGCAGAGAGCGUACUCCUUAGGUCAUGAUGCUUUUCCAGGUUUGUUGUGUUGGUCUGCAUGUGACCUGCCUACCCCAUGAGAAGGGACUUUUUAUCUUGGCCAAGUUCUGGUCCACUAGUAGUCUGACCACAUAGAGCUUUAGCUAUUUGAAAAAUUCAUCUUCUUUUGCAAUUUUAGUUCUAUGUAAUGUUAAGUGUUUUACUGAGUUCUUACUUCAGAUCACAGUAAAAAAAAACCCAGGUAAGUAGAGACUUCAGUUUCUCAAGGCUUCUUUGGAGCCACCACCGCAGCUCAAUGCCUUGUCACUGGGAUAUACUGUGAUAAACUGCAUUAGGGUCUUUCCUUUGACAUUUUUCCCUUUAUCAUGUCCUCCCAUUAUUGAAGUGCAGGUUUCUUGGAUUCAGAUCCUUCCAACAUGCUUGUGGACCUCUACAUAGUAAAACUUCAUUUCCAGUUGUGGAUUUCACACAUUUAAAUGCCACCUUCUUCCUCUUUUUUUUUCCCCCCAAUUGAAUUACCUUGUCCAAUGAACUCAUUUUCAUGCCCCAGCUAUGCUGUGAGUUUCCAAGCCCCACAUUUGAAUAUCUAGUGAGUUUAAGAUAGAUAGUUCCAGCUGGUUUUAGGAAAAGUAAAGAUGUGUUUGAAUUUCAUUUUAAAGUUACUUCAUUAGUAAUGUCGUACUUAGAUCAUGGUCACAGUUUUAAGUUCAGAUCUCUUGAGAUUUGUUCUGGCAGAUGUUUUAGGUAAAUGGAUUCUUACAUUUUACAAACAUUUUUCCCUGUCUUGCUAGUUUGUUGACUGUCCUGAAAAAUACCACUACUUUACUGUUUCAUAGAUAAAGAGGAGUUUUUAAAAAGCUUAUGAAAUUCCAAUAUCAUUACUUCCAGUAGGAAAAUACAUGAACUUUAGUUUC